AUGGCAAAAAUCUCCAGCUCUACAGAGGCUGAGUGGUGCAUCGAGUCCCUGACUACUGUUUUCCAGAAGUACACUGGAAAGGAUGCUUGUAACUACACUCUCUCUGAGAUGGAGUUCCUAAGCAACAUGGAUAGAAAACUGGCUGCCUUCACAAAGAACAAGAAGGACCCCAGUGUCCUUGACCGUAUGAUGAAGAAACUGGACACCAACAAUGAUGGGCAGCUAGAUUUCUCAGAAUUUCUUAAUCUGAUUGGUGGCCUAGCUAUGACUUGCCAUGAUUCCUUCCUCAAGGAUGUCCCUUCCAAGAAGCGGACCUGA